AUGCCGUCCAUUUCUGGUCAAUCCGUACUCAUUCUCGGAGGCUCGUCGGGCAUUGGCUUCUCGGUCGCCAAGCUGUGCCUCGAGCAGUCUGCUCGCGUCGCCAUUGCGUCAUCCAGCCAAACCAAAGUCGAGGAUGCCGUGAAGAGACUCUUGUCUCAGGUGUCACAAGCUCGGUACGAACCCAAGGGCUACACAAUUGACCUGAACAGCCAGGAAGUGGAGGAACACUUGCAGAAGCUUUUCUUGGACGUUACAAGUAAGGGCACUGAAUUGCUGGAUCACAUCGUUGUCACAGCUGGAAAGCCCGAUUUCCGUUCUAUCAAGGACGCCAGCCUCUCGCACCUGGCCAAGACGGCGCAGAUGCCGGUGUUCGUUCCUGUUCUUGUUGCUAAAGUAGGGACCAAGUUCCUGCGCGAAGGCUACUCGUCUUCCAUCAUUUUCACCUCCGGUCAGCUUGGCGAGAAGCCUAUGCCCGGAUAUUCUGCCUUCGCUGGUCAUGCCAGUGCUCAGUAUGGAUUGACGCGCAAUCUGGCUGUCGACCUUGCCCCUCGGAGAGUCAACGCUGUCGCACCUGGUGCCACGGAGACCGAGCUCUGGGGGGAACAUGCGGAAAUGCUACGGGACAUGGCAUCCAAGUCAUCGUUGCUGGGCAAGCCGGGGUCGCCCGAGGAAGUUGCAGAGGCUUACAUUUACCUCAUGAGGAACACGGACGCCACGGGUUCUAUUGUAUCUAGUAAUGGUGGUGCAACACUGAAAUAG